UCGACACGGGGAAUAAUAAAACGUGAAUUAGUGUUGAUCCUUGAAGAAAGAAAAGAGAGAAACAUCGUCGAAUAAUAGCAAAGGUAGGAAACGUGAACAGAGAUAGAAACCAUCGUGGUGAUCGAUCGAAAUUGUCGAGAGUGGAGUACCGCGUGUGGUGGUAUGUGCUGUUAUUUAAUUGCUUUUCGAGCGGAAAGUAUCGCGAAGGGUGUUGACCAGGUGUAAUUUGGAAAGAUCGAAAUACGACAAUAAACUGUCGUAUCACAUGAAUCGAUAAAAGCAAACAAAGUUGGAGUAAUCAUCAAUUGUCAUCGUUUAGAGUACGCCGGAAGUUAACCUCUUUACCAGAGACAGAGCGUCUAUCGUCCAUGGUCGCCAUAUUUUUCUCUCUAUUACUCUUAUACUAUUAAAGAGGAAAAAGAAAUAGAGACAGAAACUACUGCGUAAAACACGAAAGAGAAGCAAAGAAAGUAUUAAGUAUUACAUAUCCAUAUAUAUAUACACACACACACGUAUAUUUUUAUAGAAACGAUACGACACACAAUUCUUUUAUAAACAUGGCCGAUCCAUGAAAAAAAAAAAAAAAGAAGAAGAAAUCAGCGGCAUUGGGUGUGAUGUGUGACUGUAUUAUAAAAACGCGGGAAAUUCAAACGUGUCUUUCAUCUUAUUUUUCGACAAGAGAGAGAGAGAGAAAGAGAGAGAGGGAGAGAAAAAGGGAGAGAGUCAGCGUGGCCCAUUCUCUCUCUCUCCCUUCUCCUUUUCUUCUCGACAAGGCUGGACGAUGAGACUUUAUCAAACGAAGGACGAAUGAUAUACACGAUUAUUGCAUUGGGAAAAUUGGAUUUUACAUUGGUGGUGUGUUUUAUACAAGUAUAUAUUUGAUAUAUAUAUAUAUAUUGUUUGUGAUUAGUGUUGACUUACAAGUGCUAUGCGAUUGCAUCUCAUUGAAGAUAUUACAAUUGUUAGAAAAGUGAUAAACAGAUAGAGAGAGAAGAGAUAAUGGACGGCCGGCUAAGAGGGUUGUUGGUGCCACUAAAGGCUAUUGAUGUAAACAACUAUAAUUCUUCAUUUUAUUCGCCACCAACCACAGAAGCAUCGCGAUCUGGCUACGACUCUAGCAGUGGGGAAGAUUCCGAAUCAGAAUUUAGUACUGAUAUCGUUCGACCAAGCAGCAGUCAGUCACAGAAUAAUCCUGGCAACUCGAAUGUCAACUCUCAUAACCAAGGGAAACAUAUCAAUAAGGGUCGCUGGACAAAGGAAGAGGACGCUUUAUUAAAGCAGUUGGUCAGUAACGCGGAACAACUUGGCAAGGGUUUACGAUGGGACACUAUAGCUGCUCAUUUUCCCGAACGAAGCGACGUUCAGUGUCAACAGAGAUGGGCAAAGGUCGUAAAUCCGGAAUUAAUAAAGGGCCCUUGGACCAAGGAGGAAGAUGAAAAAGUUGUUGAGCUAGUGGAAAAAUACGGCCCUAAAAAGUGGACCCUUAUCGCACGACAUUUAAAGGGCCGCAUCGGCAAACAGUGUCGUGAAAGAUGGCACAAUCAUUUGAAUCCAGGAAUUAAAAAAACCGCAUGGACCGAGGCAGAGGAUAAAAUAAUCGUUGAAGCUCAUCGUAGAGUAGGCAAUCAGUGGGCUAAGAUUGCCAAACUUUUGCCUGGGAGAACUGAUAAUGCUAUUAAGAAUCACUGGAAUAGUACAAUGAGAAGGAAGUAUGAAGCUGAAGAAGGAAGGUGCACCAUUGGUACGCGAGUAUGCACCUUUAUAGGAAGGGGUAGGAGGAAAGCAUCGGAAACUAUAACGAUGCGAAAGGAUCUUUCGGUGGACGAAGAAAUAAACAUAAAUAAUGUUCGAACGAAAUCUGCGUCGACGAGUAACGAUAAUGGUUUACCUAUAUCAUCCAGUAACGCUACUCAAUCGAUAAAAAUGGAAACUUUGGAUUGGACCAGUACGUGGGAACAACAAAACAAUGGGCAUCCGUAUAUUCAUCCUGUGCCAGAAUCUGAACGGAGUAAUACGAAAGAAAGAGAAAUCGAAUCUUUUUCUAGACGAACAGAUGCAUCUUCGAGAGUGAAAACGGAAGAUAUUUCGCCAUUUACGAAAUAUUUCAGUAUGGAUCUACAGAACGAAACUGUGGAUUCAAGGAACACUGAGAUAAGAUUACUUCCAAUGCCCGACUUGGAAGAAACCUCGACACACCUUACUGAAAGAGAGAAAAGCAGUCCUCCACCGAUUUUGCGUAGACGUCGGAAUAUUCACUUGGUUACACAAAGAACGGACACUUCGGACAGUGGGAAUCAAUCGGAUUAUUUCAUAAUAACUGGUCAACAAACGCAUAAUGGCAAUACUACGCCAUCUACUCCCAUAAAACAACUUCCAUUCAGUCCUUCUCAAUUCUUAAAUAGUCUAAGUCCUGAAACGUCUGCCUGGCCUUGUGCAAGUACUCCAAAAUCUGACAGUCCUGGACCACUUACGACGCCACAGCCUACGGGUUUGCGACGAAAUCAAAACGAUAGCAAUACUCCUAGAACGCCAACUCCAUUCAAAAACGCUCUGGCUGAACUUGAACGACGAAGUGGCGCAACUACUCAGUUACCUGCUACUCCUAGCCGUUUAGAUGCUUUGACUGAAAUUAUUAAACAAGAAACUGAUCGGGAGAGUAUGGCGAGUACCAGUCAUAUUAUUCUCCAAGAUUCUGGAUAUUGCACUACUACAAGACGGCGAGGUAAAGAGAACAGUGCACCUGGUGGAAAAAGAGCACGCAAAGCUCUCUGUCAGGCUUGGGGAGGAAAUGUUCCAUCUGACAACGGAGAUAUAAGUUUUGUCGUUGAAACUCCGAGCAAAAGUUUGGACACUUCAGUGUUGUUCUCGCCAGCGUCCAUGGCGUUAGAAGAUAGUUUCUUAACAGCAGGUCAAAGUCCCAUAAAGACUUCCCACGACUUGUUGUCCGUUCAGCGGAAGCCCAAUGCCAAGAGAGCAAUCACGUUCGAUGCCCUCGACAGCCCUUGUAUCCUCAGCCCUCUACCUCUGAGGCCGGUCAAACGUGCCAAGUUGCAUCUGGAAACACAGUGGGCUGCGGUUGCUUGUGGUCGUACACGCGAUCAACUCGAAAUGACACGCGCGGCACGACGAUUUCUUAGCAAUCACGGCUUUCUACCAUUACGUCCUCGGUCUCUAAAUUUCUAAAGUCCUAAUGAGUCUUUCAUGGGAUGUCUUUGAAGGAUUGGAAGCUGGAAAUAACGAGCAUAGAGAGCUUAUUUGUAAUUUUGGUACAAAAAAGAAAUAAAAGUUAAACAAAAUAAAUCAUUACGUAAAACUAGUCGGAGUUAAACUAAUUUGGCAUUUCCGUUUAAGGAAUUCUGCCAUAAUUGUCGUGUGUAUCGAUUUAAAUGAAGAAAAGUAUAAUAAAAGUAAAAAAGCUGCAACAAGAGAAAAGAGAAAAGGUCACGCCAUAUCAACAUUUUUAUUUUUUAUAUUGCGUUUUGAGAAAGAUAUAUUAUUUAAUAGAUAGGAACAAAAAA